AUGUUCACAAAUCUUUCACACGUCGAUCCGAUAGAUUGGGCUCGAGCGAUCUGCGACGCGAGACAACACAGACUCGCCAAUUGGUGUGCUGGUGUGGGCCAUUUUGCCAACCUCUUCAUCACCACCAACACUUUCCCAACUUUCUCAUCCCCACCACCACUUCCCCUUUUCAUCCUCACCAUCACUUCCCCAACCUCUUCAUCCCCACCACUUCGCCAACCUCUUCAUCCCCACCACUUCGCCAACCUCUUCAUCCCCACCAUCAGUUCCCCAACCUCUUCAUCCCCACCACUUCGCCAACCUCUUCAUCCCCACCACUUCCCCAACCUCUUCAUCCCCACCACUUCGCCAACCUCUUCAUCCCCACCACUUCGCCAACCUCUUCAUCCCCACCACUUCCCCAACCUCUUCAUCCCCACCACUUCGCCAACCUCUUCAUCCCCACCACUUCGCCAACCUCUUCAUCCCACCACUUCGCCAACCUCUUCAUCCCACCACUUCGCCAACCUCUUCAUCCCCACCACUUCGCCAACCUCUUCAUCCCCACCACUUCGCCAACCUCUUCAUCCCCACCACUUCGCCAACCUCUUCAUCCCCACCACUUCGCCAACCUCUUCAUCCCCACCACUUCGCCAACCUCUUCAUCCCCACCACUUCGCCAACCUCUUCACUUGCCGGACUACCAGGCUAGUGGACAACCAAGCAACAGGACUACCAGACUAUUGGACUACCAGGCUAGUGGACAACCAAGCAACAGGACUACCAGACUAUUGGACUACCAGGCUAGUGGACAACCAAGCAACAGGACUACCAGACUAUUGGACUACCAGGCUACCGGACUACCAGGCUACCGGACUACCAGGCUACCGGACUACCGCGCAGAAAAUAAAGCAUGCGACCCUGUCAGGUGAUCCACUCUGGGACGAAGUGGACCUGGGAGCAAUAGUGGCUAAGAGGUGGCUUCAUACUCCUUAG